CCACUAGUAACGUAACCCCCCACCGUUAAGCAGUUCCGCUAAUAACAAACCAUCCUAGCUCCUUUUAAAUAGUUUAUUUUUCCGUGACCACUGUAUCCCUUCGAAGUUGCAUUGGGUGUAAACGAUACCAGCCGUAUACAACCAAAAUGUGACCCGUGUAGAUGGUGUUCUUGUAUAGGUAUUACGGUAGGAAUUGUGUUUUUAUAGGUAUUACGGUAGAGCAGACGGAGUUGGCCACUACCAGCUAACGUGGUCGUAACACAUCCACGACAUGUUCGCCUUCGGGUAAUCCUAGUUAAUAAAAAUGCUAUAAACGUAUUAUUUCCAGUUAGGUCACUCGUCUAUUAGGUAGUUGGGCCACACAGUUUAGCUGGUUAGGUUUAUCUGUAACCCCUGGCCGGGUUUAGCUGGUCUUCAGAGGGAGAGGCCCGCGGUCUGUCACAAUCACAAGUCUACCCAACCCCAAACCGAGACCCUUCCACCAUGAAGAUGUUCUCUGUGGCCCACAAGACGGCCUUCGUGGUGGACCACUGCCCUUACAUGGCCGAGUCCAGCCGGCAGCAGGUGGAGUGUGACGUGCUGACCAAGAGCCGCGCCCAGGGAGUCAUACCCCUGGCCCCCGUGUCCAAGUCGCUGUGGACCUGCGCGGUCGAGUGUUCAAUGGAGUACUGCCGGAUCCUCUACGACGUGUACCCCCUAAACAAGCUGAUUAAUUACAUUGUGAGUGACUCCGAGUUCCACAUCCUGAACACCUGGAGACAGGAAGACCAGAGCACCCACGAGCUCAUGUCGGCGCUGGCGGCGGUGGGGCCGCCCAACCCCCGCGAGGACCCCGAGUGCUGCAGCGUCCUGCACGGCCUGGUGGCGGCGGUGGAGUCGCUGUGCAAGCUGACGGAGCUGCAGCACGAGCAGCGCACGGUGCUCAUGGACACGGCCGAGCGCGUGGCCAACCGGGGCCGCAUCAUCUGCCUCACCAACGCCAAGAGUGACACACACGUGCGCAUGUUAGAAGACUGCAUCCAGGAGACGCUCAUGGAUCAAAACAAGUUGGCCGCGGGCUCGGACAGGCUGAUGGCCAUCCAGCAGUGUGAGCUGGUGUUGGUGCACAUCUUCCCCAUGGGAGAGGACGCACUGGUGUCCGACCGACCAAAGAAAGAGAUCUCCCCCUUACUCACCAGUGAGGUGCACAGCGUGCGGGCGGGCCGACACCUGGCCACCAAGCUCAACAUCCUGGUGCAGCAGCACUUCGACCUGGCCUCCACCACCAUCACCAACAUCCCCAUGAAGCCCACAUUAAAUGUUUGCGAACAGGAAGAGCAGCACGCCAACACGUCUGCCAACUACGACGUGGAGCUCCUGCACCACCGAGACGCGCACCUGGAGUUCUUCAAGAGCGGCGACCUGCACAUGGCGGGCAGCACCAGCAGAGACAGCGGCCUGAAGGAGACGGUCACGCUGAAGUGGUGCACGCCGCGGACCAACAGCGUCGAGCUGCACUACUGUACGGGCGCUUACCGCAUCUCCCCCACGGACGUCAACAGCCGUCCUUCGUCCUGCCUGACCAACUUCCUCCUCAACGGUACGCAGGCACCUGGCCGAUCGGUGCUGCUGGAGCAGCCCCGGAAGUCGGGGUCGAAGGUCAUCAGCCACAUGCUGAGCAGCCACGGCGGGGAGAUCUUCCUGCACGUGCUCAACAGCACCCGCUCCACCCUGGAGGACCCGCCCUCCAUCAGCGAGGGCUGCGGCGGGCGGGUCACCGACUACCGCAUCACCGACUUUGGGGAGUUCAUGAGGGAGAACCGGCUGACUCCGGUCGCAGAGACGGCGCCCAACCCCGGGGGGCGGUUCCCCGCCGACCGGGCCAAGGCCCAGCUGGAGCGCUACACCCGCUACUGGCCCAUGAUCAUCUCCCAGACCACCAUCUUCAACAUGCAGGCGGUGGUCCCCCUGGCCAACCUGAUCGUGAAGGAGGCGCUGAGCGAGGAGGACGUCUUGACGUGUCAGAAGACCGUCUACAACCUGGUGGACAUGGAGAGGAAGAACGACCCCCUGCCCAUCUCCACCGUGGGCUCCCGGGGCAAGGGCCCCAAGCGGGACGAGCAGUACCGCAUCAUGUGGAACGAGCUGGAGACGCUGGUGAAGACGCACGCGGCGGGCUCUGAGCGCCACCAGCGCGUGCUGGACUGCAUCGUGGCGUGCCGCAGCAAGCCCCCCGAGGAGGAGGAGCGGAAGAAGAGGGGCCGCAAGCGGGAGGACCGCGAGGAGCGGCCCGACAAGAACGGCACCAAGGAGCCGGAGGACCGGGCCUGGCAGGACUCGGAGAGGCUGAAGGGGGCGCUGGAGAAAGAGGAGCAGGAGUCUGAGGUGAUCAAGGACUCGCCCGACUCCCCGGAGCCACUGAACAAGAAGCCGCGCCUGGCCAUAGAGGAGGUCCAGCCCUCGGAGAAGGCCAAAGGCCCGGUCUCUCUUCUGGCGCUGUGGACCAAUCGGAUCACGGUUGCCAAUUCCAGGAAGCACCAGGAGUUUGCCGGCAGGACGAGCUCCGUGAAUAACAAGGCUGAACUCUACCAGCACCUUAAAGACGACAACGGAAUGGAUGUCCAUGAAAACGGAAAGGCCUCCAGAUGAUCUCAGCACACCCUAGCAGCAGCAGCAGCCGCCACCAUGGUUACCGUGGUAACCAUUGGCCACGCCCUCCAAGGAGGCGGGGGACUCCGGGGGACUUCGGGACCGUUUUCCUCCCGACUUGGUUUUCCUACACGGGCACUUGGAUACAAACAGACAUUGAGCUCCGACCUCGCAUCUUCUCAGUUUUUUUAUAUAUUCUUUUGUUUUUCUAUUCAAAGUUCUUUGUUUUGUAGAUAUGCCGAUCACAGGUUGUGUAAAGCAAUAAAGUUGUCACAAGAUGA